CAACCACAACCGAUCCGCUACUUUUUUUUCUUUUUAAGAAACAAUUUCAGAGUUCUUUUAGCAAAAGAACCUUAUAAUCUGCUUUGUGCUGCUCCUGAGGCACGGGGAUAAAACAGAGCAUGAUGGCUGGGAGGAGGGUGGUAGCAAUGACUGUUCUUCAAUUUUCACUCCCCAAGGUAGAAGAAAUCAUAUAUUCCUUCACUGUAAAGAGAGAGUUUUAAAGAGGAAACAAUGGCUUCAAGCAACUUAUUUGAGUCACUUCCUUCUUACCAGCACUUCUUGAGAGAUACCAGCACCAGCCGCCGCUUCACGCCGCCCUCCACCACGCUGAGCCCGGGGAAGAUGACCGAGCCGCUGCCGCUGCCCGGCGCCGAGCACAGCGGCGCGCUGCCGGGGAAGCUACGCGGCGCCGACCGCAGCAUGGUGGAGGUCCUGGCCGAUCACCCCGGGGAGCUGGUGCGCACCGACAGCCCCAACUUCCUCUGCUCCGUGCUGCCCACCCACUGGCGCUGCAACAAGACGCUGCCCAUCGCCUUCAAGGUGGUGGCCUUGGGAGAUGUGCCCGAUGGGACGCUCGUAACGGUGAUGGCUGGAAACGAUGAAAACUACUCUGCAGAGCUCAGAAACGCCACAGCUGCCAUGAAAAACCAAGUAGCAAGGUUCAAUGACCUCCGAUUCGUGGGCAGAAGUGGAAGAGGGAAAAGCUUCACGCUGACUAUCACAGUCUUCACAAAUCCGCCACAAGUAGCCACAUACCACAGAGCCAUCAAGAUAACUGUGGAUGGACCCCGCGAACCCAGAAGACAUCGUCAGAAAAUAGAUGAUCAGACAAAGCCCGGGAGCUUGUCCUUUUCAGAGCGCCUGAGUGAACUGGAGCAGUUGCGUCGUACGGCCAUGAGGGUCAGCCCACACCACCCAGCCCCCACACCCAACCCACGAGCCUCCUUGAACCACACCACUGCUUUUAACCCUCAGCCUCAGAGUCAGAUUCAGGAUACAAGGCAAGUACAGCCAUCUCCACCAUGGUCCUACGACCAGUCCUACCAGUACCUGGGCUCCAUUGCCACCCCGUCCGUUCACCCCGCCACGCCAAUAUCACCUGGCAGGGCUAGCGGCAUGACAUCCCUCACUGCAGAGCUUUCCAGCCGGCUGUCAAGUGCUUCUGAGCUUACGGCAUUCAGUGACCCCCGGGUGGGCAUCGACCGCUCCUUCUCUGCACUCCCCUCCAUCUCUGACCCUCGGAUGCACUACCCGGGAGCGUUCACCUACACACCAACGCCCGUCAGUUCAGGGAUAGGAAUCGGUAUGUCUGCCAUGUCCACAGCCACGAGAUACCACACUUACCUCCCACCUCCCUACCCUGGUUCAUCACAGGCCCAGGGCAGCCCGUUCCAGACCAGCUCGCCCUCCUACCACCUCUACUAUGGAACCUCCGCCGGCUCCUAUCAGUUCUCCAUGAUUUCAGGGGGAGACCGGUCUCCCCCACGCAUCCAUCCACCCUGCACCAAUGCCUCCACGGGAUCGACACUUCUCAACCCCAACCUCCCCAACCAAAGCGAUGUGGUCGAGGCAGAAGGGAGCCACAGCAACUCCCCUACUAACAUGGCCACCACAGCAAGGCUAGAGGAAGCAGUGUGGCGACCAUACUGAUUGAAUUUUAAGUAGUUAUGGGUGAGGACUAAUGUACUUUCCAUUUCCUGGUGCCCAUAGGUAUCCCAUAAACACCCAUCUUGCUUAUGGGCCCUGCCAAGUUCAUACAUCACUUUCAGAAGCAGACCCUCCAGAAGUCAGCGCUCCCAGGAGCAGUGGCAUGUAUUAGCCAGCCCCUGUUGAAGCGUUGUCACUGAAGCAAAACAUCCCUUGAGAGGGACUGAGCUUCUGGAAAGGAGGACGCCUGAGCUGGUGGUCCAGAGGUAUUGAGGGUGGGUAGUAAGGUACCCAGUCUGUUUCCAGGCCUGUGGCUUUCCAGCGUGCCUGGGCUUGAAGGUCUCCACAACCCUAAAGAGAGUUUCGGUUCACUUCUAUUUUUAAGAUUUAAAACCUAAAAAAAAAUCUUAGUGAGUUUACUGCAUCUUAUGGACAUAUUAACUGUAAGGAAGUAUAGGAAGAUUCCCAGAGGGAAACUGUGAACGCUUCUGUUUUAGCAAUGCUGUGAAUGAGAGGUUUUAUAUGUUGGACUUCAUUCUUUCUUAAUUUUUUUUUAACCAGUUGUAUAUUCCAAAGAAUAUGGAAUUUUUUUAUUGCUGGGGUUUGUUUUGUUUGGGGUUUGUUUUUGGGGAUUUUUUUUUUGGGGGGGGGGGAUGCAGCUCAUUCUGCUUUGCAUCUAAUUUGUUUUAUUUCUCUUGGCACCUUAUAAAUUGCAAAAAGAAAAAGAUUUUGUUCUUUUUUUUGUUUCCAUCAUGCUUGCUUCUUUCUUGCUUUGUCAACUGAAAGAAUCAGCCCCUUUUUCAAUGAGUUAAUUUAACUUUUUUUCUCUUGGACUUUUUUUUUUAAUACAACGGCUACAGCCUUGGGUCAUUUUCAACUACUGUACUACUUUGAUGAGUUCAUUGGUAUUUAUGCUUGAUAUUUAGACUUCGUAUUUGUUGAUACUAUUAUUAUUUAAAUAUGCCUAUAUUAGAAAAGAUCAGCAAUUGCCUUUUUUUUGGUAGCAGCCAAAGUCAAAUUUAUCACAUUGAAAAAGGCUGAAAUAACGAUGGGUACAGUGACCUCCUAAUUACCUAGAAAUAUUGUUUACAGUUAUCUCACUCUCAUUUUACUCAGCUAACGAGGCUCAGAUCCUCAAAGGCAUUUAGGUGCCCAACUCCCACUGAAACAAUUUAGGCACCAAAAUCCCUGUGAAUUUCUGUGCCUUCCCACACAGUCGGGUCAUCUCUCCCUGCUCCUUCCUUGCUUUUCCUUUGUCACCAGUGGUGACCCUCAGGAUCAGUAAUCAAGAUGUACAUAUUUCGUAAGGCAGACUCAAUAUUCCCUAACUAAAUAAAUCCCCAUAGGCCUCAUUCUGCUCCCAAGCUUGUCCAGGCUUCCUAACAACACUGGUGGAGGCCUUUGAGGCUUUCAAAGGUGAAAGCCAACACACAGUUAGCAUGGCAAGGGUGAAGUCCUGGCUCUGAUGGAAUAUGAGUGAAUUUGCUCCCAGCUCAGCAGAGCCAAGAUUUCUGUGGAGUACAAAAGCUACGUUCCAUUCCACUGGAAAAUAGAUCAGUUCCUGCAUCACAAAAUAACUUGAACUGAACAGAGGUGUCUAGCUCAUCUGGAAAGCAGGCUAGCAAAGAGGGGGCCUUAACGGUUCUUCUGUCACCAUCUUCUGAGAGAAGAGGAAGGGUAUUUAAGACUGAGGCAUAAAAUACUGUGUCCUGUAGCAAAUAUGCAAGGCUUAUACUAGCUGCAUGUUUAAUACAGAGUCGUCAUCGUUGCCCAUCGUUACAGCACAAACAUAUCAGAUGUCACUGUAAAGUUUAUGGCACUAUUUUAUUUGAGGGUUUGGUCUGAAGGCAGUUGUUGUACUACUCAUUAAUUACAAACUGCUGAUGUUGACACUUGUGCGUUCCAAAUUACCUGAUUAUUAUUUAAUGUACCUCUUUAAAUGAGUGAAACAAUUGCAGGUCAACUCAGAGAGUAUUUGAAAGCAGGACUUCAGAUCAGUGUUUGAUGUUUAAAAAAAAUUUAAAGGAUUCAAAUUAAAAAGAUCCUUGGCUGCAGGCAGCAAAACAGCUGGACUUAUUUAAAACCAUUUGUUUUUCAAGUUUUCUUUUUUUUAUAUAUAAUUUUGCUUCUUUGUUUAAGUCAGAUGCAGUAGCACUUUGGUAUUGAAAAGUUACAAAUUGAAGAAUUUACAUUGUCAAUAAGGUCAUUUUUCUGCAGAAAAUAGGGAGUGUUUCAAGAGAUCUCAGCAAAAGUUCAAAACGUUCCUGUUAAAAUACAUGCAUGGCCUUGUCCUUUUCAUUUGGUGUAAUAGUUUUCAUAAUUUUCUAGAGUUGGCUCUGAACAAAAAAGGCAGAAAAUAUCAAAAUUCUAUCAGAACAGUUUAAGAUCUAUCUUGGAAGUAUGGAGACCUUGCUGAAUACAGAAAUAGAGACCCUGCCUUUCGUGACAUUUACAUAGUUGGAAUCUCACCUCUUCAGUAGCCUAAAAAAAAAGUCUUUCAUCACUAAACAGUAGCUCUGUUGCAGAAUACAUCUCACACAUCUCUGUCUCUGUGCAAUUAAAAUCAUAAUUUACUACA